AUGCCCAACUUACAUCGAGUUCCUGCGAUUCCUGCACUUGGCCGGAGCAAGGUGGCAAUUUUGCUAGCUGCCUCCUGCUUUCCGAGGCUGUGUUCUGACGCCUUUGCGAGAAAUCCACCCAGGAGCAAAUCCUCUCCAACGCAUUUUGUGGCUCUGCGUUUGUCACAGCCGCAGCUGUGGCAGAGAAUUGAGCAGCUACAAGAGGAAAUUUGGCCUCGGGCAGCUGAGAUUUGGUCUACGGCCAAUCCACAUAUUCCAGAGGAGGAGGUCAAGACGGCCUUUAAGGCGACCGUCUACCCGGCAAGCAGGUUUCACUAUUCCCUGUUCGUGGCAAACUUGAUGGAAGAGGCACGGCUGGAGAGUGCCAAAGAAUGCCUCUCCGAAUGGUUUGACACAGAUGUCCAACAAAUUCUAGCGGGUCGUAGUACCCUGGACAUAAAACUCGUAGGGUUGAAUACCUUGAGGGAUGAAGUCUUGUACUUGGAGCCGGACCAGGAAAGUCUGAACUUGAUGAAAGCAAUGUUCCACAAGCUUGAAAUGCAUUUCCAUGCAGCCGGGAUCCAAGACAAGUUCAGGUUCAGGCCUCACGCAACCAUCAUGAAGGCAAGCCAACUUAGAGGUAAGGCCUUGCAAAAUUUGAAGCACGGAAAGGCCAUCAAAAAGACCCUGCGCUACCCGCGAGAGGCCUGGGCCGAGUUCAACAGGACCUUGGGCACGUACUCCGUGAAGGAAGUGCAGCUCCUGGACAUGCACCGUCCUGUCGAUGGCUACUUCGAAGUUGAAUGGGAGCGACGGUUUGGUUGA